UCUGAGGUCCCGGGCCUUGGAGCGGCCGGAAUGAGCGGGUCCCUGGGCCGGGCGGCGGCGGCCCUGCUGCGCUGGGGGCGCGGCGCGGGCCGAGGCCUGUGGAGCCCGGGCGUGCGGACGGCGGGCUCGGGCGCGGGCGGCGGUGGCGGCUCGACGGAGCACCUGGACGCGAUGGUUAAGAAGGACAAGGUGGUGGUCUUCCUCAAGGGGACGCCCGAGCAGCCCCAGUGCGGCUUCAGCAACGCCGUGGUGCAGAUCCUGCGGCUGCACGGCGUCCGUGACUACGCGGCCUACAACGUGCUGGACGACCCGGCCCUCCGGCAAGGCAUCAAAGACUACUCCAACUGGCCCACCAUCCCCCAAGUGUACCUCAACGGCGAGUUUGUGGGGGGCUGUGACAUUCUCCUGCAGAUGCACCAGAAUGGAGACCUGGUGGAAGAACUGAAAAAGCUGGGGAUCCGCUCCGCCCUCUUAGAUGAAAACAAAGAUCAAGACUCCAAGUGAGAGUCAGGCGGCUGCCACUACCAGGGACCCGCUGCCCGGGGAGCCCUCGCCGCCGGGGCCUCUGCUCGAGCCUCCUCUUCGGCUCACAGCAGCCAGGUGGCUUCAGUUGGUCUGGUGUUUGUGCCCAAAGUAUUGUGAUGUGAACUGAGCUACAGCCUCUGGGCUGUCAUUCAGGCCGGCCCGCCAGCUUGCCGUCAGCAGGGUCUGUUCUCAGCUCGGCACUUGGCCCUCACCUGGCCUAGCAGCCAACCAGCAGGGUUUGAUCAUUGUUGUUUGUGACUCCUCUGCAGCGUUUCCAUCUGCAAAGUUAAUACCCCCUGUCCUUUGGUACCUUCUGUCAGGGAAGAUGAUGGGAAAAAAAUGACUGGGGUGUUGUAUUUUAAAAUAAACUGCUGGCCCUGG